AUGUCGUCGCCGACUUCUGCACCUCAAAAGCCUUCGCUGUACGCCAAUCUUCACAUGAGCGGUCGCCAGAUUCGACUGCUCCAAAUCACUUCAACCAAGCCUGAAAUCGCCUGCAGGCUCGAAGUCGUCAGCCUUGAAGAUGAGCCGGCGUACAGCGCCUUGUCCUACGCCUGGGGUGACCCUGCAAUCACCAAAAGCGUACUCGUCAACGGCGAACGCGUCAAUGUGACGACUAAUCUCGCAUCGGCACUGGAGCAUGCUCCCAAGCACUUGGAGGAUGCCAAUGUGGCCCCUAAGCUGUGGGCAGACGCGAUCUGUAUCAAUCAAGAUGACCCCAACGAGAAGAACCAUCAAGUUCCUUUUAUGAAGGACAUUUACUCGCAAGCGGAAAUUGUCAUUUGCUGGCUGGGGCCACCGAUUGAUCAGGUUCAUCGAGGUUUAGACUGGAUCGGUGUUAUAGCUCGAGAAUGCUCAUUCGCAGACGACGACGAUGAGCUCCAAGAUGCCUUUGACACUCUCAACCUGCAGAAAGGUUCUGAAAAGAAAGACUUUGGCAGUACAGAGAGCCUGACAAAGUCUCAGGAUGCUAAUACGCGCGUCAAUGAAGCCCUAGCGUCAUAUCAAAAGCGUCUUCAACAGUAUAAUGAAAGACAGUGCCUAAUCCACAAAAGCCCCAAUUUGGCAUGGAUCUUCAAGUAUCCUUCAUUCUAUGAAGGAAUCGACGAGGGCGCAGGCGGCGCAUCCGACCUCCUCGGUACAUUCGCCCCUCCAUAUUGGACUCGCGUAUGGAUCUUUCAAGAGUUAGCUCUUGCAAAAAAGCCCAUCUUUGCCUGCGGUACUCGCUCUAUAUCUCUGGCCUCUCUUGAUCACUUGGCCCGCUGGACCCAGUGGUUGACAAGUGACCCUACCAUCGUCAGGCCCCAAGUCAUAGAUCCGAGGCAAUGGGAAGGCUUGAAGCACGACGCGCCGCAGGUCACCCUAUAUCAUCAUGCUUGA